UUCAGUUUAUUCUUUAUGCAUCGUCUCGUUGCACUUGCAGUUUGCACGCUCUUUAAUCUACGAUUUCGUAACAAUUAUAUAAUUAGCCGCGGCCUUGGACCGCGAUCCGUCCACAGAAAUAUAGAAUAGAAUUUUUCGUCUAAUCCGACGUGUUUAGGUGGUGGAACCGGCGGCGGGUUAUCCGUUCUGUCGGAGAACGCGUGCCGUGUACCUACAUCAUUGUCAUAUUAUUGUAAUAGGUAAUUUGUAGUUUGUACGUUUUAUCAUUGCGUAACAAACUAUUUGCACACAAGCAUAUCGAUUGCCGAGCACAGCGCCGACGGACAAACGAACAAUAAUUAGUGUUUUACUAUAGUUUAUCGUUUCUUUUCCUCGCCGCUCCUGUUCACACCGCGAACGCAGUCGGCACCCACUCGUUUCGGCCGAAGGCGGUUCGCCGGUUUGUGGUUACGUUAGUUUAGUACUUUAGUCAGUAGUCUGUCGCCCGACGCGGCUCUUAUAGCUGUCAGCUCGUUGGCUCGUGAUCCAUGUCCACGAAGACACUACAACGACGACGACACUACGACAGUCACGAUCCAUCCGAACGCGGUACGUGACGUGCAGCUGAUCGACGUCUGCCAAAGUCCUAACUCGCCAUGGCGUCUAAUGCCCUGCAAUCGGAAGUAACAAAACUUCCAUCUUCAAACCGUUUUUCAUUAUUACCAAAAAUAAUAAAUGGAGGAAUAGCUGGUAUUAUUGGAGUAACUAUAGUUUUCCCACUGGAUUUAGUUAAAACAAGACUUCAAAAUCAAAAACCAGGUCCUGAUGGAUCCUUCAUGUAUAGAUCAAUGCUUGAUGCAUUUCGGAAGACAUAUACUGCAGAAGGAUAUUUUGGAAUGUAUCGAGGAUCUGCUGUAAAUAUUUUAUUAAUUACGCCUGAAAAAGCCAUUAAAUUAGCUGCUAAUGAUCAAUUUCGACAUUGGUUGGCAACGCCUGGGAAGCCUUUAACGUUAAUACGCGAAAUGUUAGCCGGUGCAGGUGCAGGGCUUUUUCAAAUUGUUGUUACCACUCCGAUGGAAUUAUUAAAAAUUCAAAUGCAAGACGCAGGACGAGUUGCUGCACAAGCUAAAUUAGAAGGAAAAACUGUGCCAAAAGUUUCAGCUACAUCAUUGGCACGAGAAUUAGUUGCGUCUAAAGGGUUAUUAGGUCUCUACCGCGGUGUGGGAGCUACUGGAAUGCGUGAUGUAACAUUUUCCAUAAUUUACUUUCCAAUGUUUGCUAGACUAAAUGCUUUAGGACCACGUAAAAAGGAUGGUUCUGGUGAUGCAGUAUUUUGGUGCUCGUUUGUGUCAGGAUGUGUAGCUGGUUCAAGUGCUGCUUUAGCUGUAAAUCCAAUUGAUGUAAUUAAAACUAGGUUACAGGCAAUUAAAAAAUCUGAUGCCGAAUUAGAAUAUAAAGGAGUUGUUGACUGUUUUACGAAAACAUUACGUAAUGAAGGUCCUUUGGCAUUCUUCAGAGGUGGUGCAUGUCGAAUGAUAGUGAUUGCACCACUGUUUGGAAUCGCUCAAACCGUUUAUUAUUUAGGGGUAGCUGAAAGAAUUAUGGGCGUGAAAAAAUGAAGAGGCAAUAUUCAGUGUAAAGCAAUAAAAAUGUAUCAGCAAUUAGUUCACUUUUAUCCUUACACAGUAUUAUUGUGCGCUCAUUUUUUGCGUUUUCACAUAUUUCUUAGGCAUAGUUAUAUACUUAUACGAAUUUCAAAUUUAGUACCUACAGGUUACAAACCAUUUACCAAAUUUCACUAAAUUAUCAUUGUUCAAUUAUUUGAUUCCGAGGCCAAUAACAGUUCAGGGUUGUUAUGAUUUUCUUGUUUUUAUUAUUUUUGUUGGCUUAAACAAUUUAUUUAGUUUUACUAUAGUAUUUUUAUGAAAAAAAAACCAUUUAUUAUGAUACUAUGAUAGACAAUAGUUAAAAACAGUUAGCUUAAAUGAAAACAAUCAUUUAAAUAUAUGUUACUAAUAUUAAGGUUGAAAUUAACUGUGAUUGUUUAUGGACAUUAUCUACUUUGUGUACUUAAAUAUUACCUGUGUUAUCAUGCAUUCCGUGUCCAAUGUAACCGUGAUUAUAUGUUAAAGCCAAAUUUUAUACUUUACUUACUAUCAUUAAUGAUGUAGUAUUAUGCUUGUUUUAAUUAUUUUAAUGAUGUCUAAAAACCAUAAUAAAUUUGACAAUUAACUUUAUUAA